AUGGCUGGACGAAAUCGUGGUCGAGGUAGAGGUAGAGGCCGAAGUCAAAGUCAAAAUUGUAGUAAAAUUCAAAUUAGAGGUCGUGGUCGAAUCGAAAAGAAUAAUGAUGAUGAUGAGAAAAACCAAAAAGAAAAUAAAUCAACAUUAUCACAACUACCUUCAUUAGAGCAAAAUGAUACUGGACCUUUUCAUUUUCACUUUUUUUCAUCAACUCAAUCUAAUUUAAAAAACACUAUUAAAAUCAACUCUAAUACAUUAUAUUCUGAUGAUGAUAAUGGUAAUCAAACUGAUGAUUCCACUGUAUCUUCUCAAGGUUCUGCAAAUGAAAAUGAAUCAACUUUAUUACAUGCAAAUACAACAUCAGAUUCUCAAUUAAGUGAAAUUAAAGAUGCUAUUGGAUCAAGUGAUAAGAAUUUAAAAACAGUAUUGUCAAACAAAAAGGAGCAUGGUUGGAUUGAUACUUAUUGUAUGUUAAAUUAUAAAUAUCCAACAAAAGAACAAGCUAAAGAAGCUUCUUUGCGAAUAUUAACAAAAUUUCAAUCAGAAAAAAUCAAACUAAUAAUGGCAUCUAAUGCAUGGGAUUUAUUAAUUGAGAAUGGUAUUCUUUCGGAAGUAAUCACUAAGCUAACUUCAUUGCAUGGUGGUAUUGUUUCUAAAAUUAAACAAAAAGUGAUCGAAGUGUUUGGUUAUUCACUUGAAUAUAUUGAUUCUGAUGCAAGUUAA